AUGGCUUACUCACGUCUUGCAGUCAAAGUGUUCAACAUGACUUCCUCCGGAAGCGAGGCAAUCUUGCCUUCUACCAUGAACCUAUCAGGCGAUCAAACCGAGGCCUCCAAUCCAUUGCGUGACGCCGACGUUCCAUCGUCAACGUCAACGCCAACACCGACAAAGAAGGGAGUCACGUUUGCAAAUCAGGACUCGUUGCCAAAGCUACCUAUUCCAGAUUUGGAGAGUACGUGUCGGAAGUACCUGGAGUCCUUGGCGCCGCUGCAGAGUCCCAGAGAGCAUGAAGACACCAAAGCAGCGGUGCAUGAAUUUCUGAAGACGGAUGGACCGGAGUUGCAGGAGAGGUUGAAGAAGUAUGCUUCUUCAAAGACGAGUUAUAUCGAGCAGUUUUGGUACGAUUCGUAUUUGAAUUUCGACAAUUCUGUCGUUUUGAAUCUGAAUCCCUUCUUCUUGCUGGAAGACGACCCGACGCCCGCCAGAAACAAUCAGGUCACUCGCGCUGCCUCUCUUGUAUCCUCGGCUCUAUCAUUUGUUCGCGCAGUCCGUCGCGAGGAACUCCCCCCUGACAAAGUCAAGUCCACACCCUUGUGCAUGUAUCAGUACUCAAGAUUAUUCGGCACGGCACGCGUGCCCACCGAGAACGGCUGUAUCAUCGGCCAAAAUUCAACCGCCAAACAUAUUGUAGUCCUCUGCCGCGGCCAAUUCUACUGGUUCGACGUCCUUGACGACAACAGCGAUCUCAUCAUGAGCGAGAAGGACAUCACAAUCAAUCUGCAGGUCAUUCUUGAUGAUGCACAGCAGACCCCUAUCCAAGAAGCAGCCAAGGAGGCACUAGGUAUCCUGAGUACGGAGAAUCGUAAAGUGUGGUCUGGAUUGAGAGAUUUGCUCACCAAAGAUCCCGGAUCGAAUAACGCUGAAUGCCUGCAUAUCGUUGACAGCGCCAUAUUUGUGCUUUGUUUGGAUCAUAUGGAACCAACGAGCACCACCGAUCUAUGUGGAAAUAUGCUAUGCGGCACGAGUGAGAUAGUUCGCGGCGUCCAGAUUGGAACAUGCAUCAACCGGUGGUACGAUAAGCUGCAAAUUAUUGUCUGUCAAAACGGUAGCGCAGGUAUCAAUUUUGAGCAUACUGGUGUCGAUGGUCAUACUGUUUUACGAUUCGCCAGUGACGUCUACACGGACACGAUUCUGCGAUAUGCAAAGACAAUCAAUGGCCAAGCUCCUUCGCUAUGGGCGUCCAACAGCCCUGACCCGGCGAAACGAGAUCCCCGUAGUUUUGGCAAUGUGAGCACAACACCUCGCAAGCUUCAAUGGGACAUGAUCCCGGAACUGAGCAUUGCGCUUCGUUUCGCCGAGUCGCAUUUAGCCGAUCUCUUACAUCAACAUGAAUUCCAGGUGCUUGAUUUUUCGGGCUAUGGGAAGAAUUUCAUCACGUCGGCUGGCUUCUCGCCAGAUGCGUUUGUGCAAAUGGCGUUCCAAGCUGCUUACUAUGGUCUGUAUGGUCGAGUCGAGAAUACAUAUGAACCAGCUAUGACCAAGAUGUUUUUGCACGGUCGGACGGAAGCCAUCAGACCCGUUACUAACGAGUCAAUUGACUUUGUCAAGACGUUCUGGGGCGACAAUCCGCCCGAAGCCAAAGUUGCUGCACUGAAAAAAGCGACAGAAAAACAUACCGCAAUCACCAAGGAAUGCGCAAAGGCGCAGGGACAGGACCGGCAUUUGUACGCCCUGUUUUGUGUAUGGCAGCGAUCACUCGAUGGUGUGUCGUCAGUUGACGAGUCAGUUUCUGUAGACGAUAGGGCAUCAGAUGAGAAUGGAGGAUAUGCCAGCAGCGGCAGCAGCGGAAGUUUCAGCAGCGGUAGAAGCAACAGCACAAGUAGUUUCCGUACUCGACCGUCACCACCACCCMCCGUMCCCGCCAUUUUCAACGACGCUGGCUGGGACAAGACCAACAACACAAUCUUGUCCACAUCAAACUGCGGCAACCCAGCUCUGCGUCAUUUCGGGUUUGGUCCUACUUCCGGUGACGGGUUCGGAAUCGGAUAUAUCAUCAAAGACGACUCGAUAUCGAUAUGUGCGUCGUCCAAACAUAGGCAAACGUCUCGAUUGAUGGAUACGUUGGAGUCGUAUUUGCUUGAGAUUCGCAAGUUGAUUCGAGCUACGAGUCGUAAGACGACGAGUCCGCGGACGAGCCGGGCGAGGGAGAUGGAGAUUUUGUCGGAGAGAUUGGAGAAUAGGCGUGGCCGGUUGAUACGGCAGGAUACCAGUCAUGGACGGGGUGGCACGGAGACGCCGACUACGGAUAGCGGGGAUGUGGAGGAUGACGGGAUGGGAGGAUAUGGGUUCUUCGAUGCGGGAAUGCUGUUACAUGCGCUCAAAGGUGUGCAGGGGGACCGGCAGCGGGUUGGAGGCGAAAAGGUUGAGAGGAGAAGACCGGUUGGGAAGAAGUUGCAGUUGGCUGAGUAUUAG